UAUUCGGAUAACUGCUGUGGACAGCAAAAAAAUAAAUACAUUCUUUCAAUGUAUGCAUAUGCUGUACAUAACUAUAAUCUGAAAAGUAUUACGCAUAAAUACCUUAUUAAAGGUCACUCUCAAAAUGAAGGAGACAAUGUGCACAGCGUUUUUGAGAAGCAAGUAAAAAGGCAUUUAAGUAGUAAUCCCAUUUAUACGCCAGACCAAUACACAAGUCUAAUAGCAACUGCAAAAAAGACUGGCCCCCCAUAUAAAGUUCGAGAAUUGUCAUAUGAAGCGUUUUAUGAUUUAAAGGCUCUUCAAGAAGAGUGGGGUCACAAUUUUUCUACAAAUAAAGACAAUCAGAAAGUGAUAUGGCGUGAUAUUAAAGUUCUCCAAGUCAAUAAAGAAAACCCACAUUCAUUUUUUUAUAAAACAUCUUAUAAAGAUAUCGACUUUCAGGAAGUGAGUUUAAGAAACAACUUAAAGCCUUGGAGUUGCAUCAACUUAUGUGCCAUUUAUUCGGAAAGGCUAUCGCUUCCACAAAUAAAGCAAAAGGACAUAAAGUAACUAGUGGAUAAAAAUCAUAUUCCAAAAAACUUUUAUGAGUCAUAUUACAAAUAU